AAUAAUAUUAGUUAUUGAGUAUUUGACGGUCAAGAAAGAUACACGUGAAUAUUUUGUCCUGUGUCAAAGAAAAUUUCCUCACUAAAAAUUAAAAUUUAAAAAAAAAAAAUGGCCGAAAGUGAGGGAAAAAUUUAUGAAUUUAAAAUAAUUCUAAGAGACGUAAAACCAAUGAUUUGGCGACAAAUUCAAUUACCUGAAAAUUAUACAUUUGGCCAUUUAAGCGAUUCAAUAAUAUCGUCAAUGGGUUGGUAUGGUACGCAUAUGCAUCAAUUUUAUGUGAAAAAUUCAUUAACUGGUAAACGUGAAAUAAUUGGUGAAAAACCAAAUAGUCAACAAUAUUCAAUAACAACAAUAUGGGAGAAUGAUAUUGAAAUAAGUAAAUAUUUUAUUGAAAAUCAAAAGAAGGCAAUUUAUAUUUAUGAUAUGAACGAUGCUUGGAUACAUGAUAUUAUUUUAAUUAAUAUUUUUAAUGCCGUGGCAAAUGUUAAUUAUCCAAAAUGUAUUGAUGGUAAAGGUGCAUGUCCACCUGAUGAUUGUGGUGGUAGUUCGGGUUAUAUGCAUUUAUUAUCGUUGAGAAAAAAAAAACAAAUCACCGAAAAUGAACAACAAGAAUUGGAAAAUUUUUUUAUGGAAGGUCCUAAUUAUGAUACAAAUUAUUUUGAUCCUGAAAAAGUUAUUUUUUUAACACCAAAAUUAUUUAAAGAUUGUUGCAUUGCUUAGAAGAAAAUUUUUUUACAGAAUUAUGAAGGAAUUUAUUUUUAAUAUUAAAACAGAAAAAUAAUAACAAGUUUAGAGAAAAAUAUUUUUUAUAGUAUUUUUAAAUUUUGUCAAUUUUAUAUAUAAUUGAAAUUUUUAAUUAUUUGUUCUUUUUAAGACUGACUAUAUUGUAUAUUAAUUUUUUUUUUAAUACUUUGUAAUGACGCAACAAUGAAAUAAAAUCAUUGAACCUUU